GGCCGCCUCAUAACGGCCGGUCCGGCCGGGCGGGCGCGUGGUGCGCCUGCGCGUUGCGAGCUGAGGGGAAGUGAGGCGGGCUUUUCCGGCGGCCUGAGGGGAGCGGCGGCGGCAGUGGCAGGCAGGAGCCGGUGCCGGCUUCCAUGAGCUGAGGGGCCGCCGGGUGCCGACGGGCUAAGCCGGGCCUGGCCUGGGACAGCGGCCCACGCCCCCCCACCCCCCUUGCUGGGCCGCGCCCGUGAGGAGCCCCCUCCCCCCCUUCCUCCCCCCGCCCCUCCCCCACCCCGGGGCCCCGUGGAUGCCGCCGAGAUGGGCAAGGUGCUGUCCAAGAUCUUCGGCAACAAGGAGAUGCGGAUCCUGAUGCUGGGGCUGGACGCGGCGGGCAAGACCACCAUCCUGUACAAGCUGAAGCUGGGCCAGUCGGUGACCACGAUCCCCACGGUGGGCUUCAACGUGGAGACGGUGACGUACAAGAACGUCAAGUUCAACGUGUGGGACGUCGGCGGGCAGGACAAGAUCCGGCCCCUGUGGCGGCACUACUACACGGGCACGCAGGGCCUGAUCUUCGUGGUGGACUGCGCCGACCGCGACCGCAUCGACGAGGCGCGCCAGGAGCUGCACCGCAUCAUCAACGACCGGGAGAUGCGGGACGCCAUCAUCCUCAUCUUCGCCAACAAGCAGGACCUCCCCGACGCCAUGAAACCCCACGAGAUCCAGGAGAAACUGGGCCUGACGCGGAUCAGGGAUAGGAAUUGGUACGUGCAGCCCUCCUGUGCCACCACGGGGGACGGACUCUACGAAGGGCUGACGUGGUUAACGUCCAACUAUAAAUCCUAAUGGCGGGCGGGGGGGGACACGCACGCGCGCACACAUACAAAUGAAACUCUUUUAGGCUAUGGAGAAUUUAAGGAAAAUGAAUAAAUAAAGAAAUAAAGAAUUAACCCACGUGGCUUCCCAGAAGACCAGUUCUCGGCAGAAAAGCAAAGCAUCCAUAGGAUUAUGAUCACCUCUUCUCCCACAACCGCCCUUUUCUUCGACACACUGACUGGAUUCCUAUUUUAACUCUUCUUGCUUGGCAUUAGGAUGCUCUAAUCCUCAAAUGUGACAUGAACACAAGCACUAGAUGCUAUGGCAGACUUCCAGCAAACAAGGGGAAAAGACACGUUGUAGAUUUGCUAAGUAACUCUUUUUUUUUUUUUUUUUUUUUCAUUCUUUCUUGACUACCCUCUUUUUUUUUUUUUCCACCCCCAUUCCUCUGGGGUGGGAGGAGUAAGGGUACCUCUGGGUGUAUGCUUUCUGGCUCUUUUUUUUUCUUUGAAUUGCUGUAGAUUGCUACUUUCUUGCAUUCAUGCAGAAUAUGUUGAUAGGUCUAUUUCAUCUAGUAAACUAAAAAUGAUUGCUUAAAAUCAAACCGCAGUCUGUCUUUUUAUAUGGAGGACUUUUUUUAAAAAAAAAAAAAAAGUUCUGCUGAUCUGUAAUUAGUGACUUGAAAUUUUGUCUUUUUCAUCUCCAAGACUAAUAUGAAAUAAAAAAAAAUGUUUGCCUACAGCAGCAGGUAGUGAGAAUACCAUUGUAAUGCGUUCAAAGUGUAUAUCAGGUGUAAUGUUAACUAGGUAAUGUAAGAACUGCUUGAAAUGUCAGCUGUGAAGUUCUGAACCAUACAUCAUGCAUGAAUAGGGAUGCAAGUAGGUCCCAUACAGCAUAGCAACCAUAUAGUGAGUAAGACGUGAAUGAUGUAAUAGUUUCAGGGUAUACUCCUAUUCAGUUCCUGUUGCAUUGCAGCUAAAUAUCACUGACUCUUGUGAUCAUAAUCAGUUACACAUCAGACUCCCAUUUCAAUGCAAGAGAUCUCCAGAAAAUGUAGCAAUAAUGUGAUGAUUUUUACUUAAAAUCAAAACUGUGGGCAAAAAUCAGACCCUGACUUCCUUGUCUUGCAGUACAGGAAAUGUUUGUGUUGACUCCUUCCCUCCCCCCCCUUGCCUUAUGUGAUUUUUAUGUAGCUUUAAAGGAGCUGCAGAGAAACAACUUCUGUUUCUGUACCAUAAACACUCAAGUAAGAAAGCUCACUCCUAAGCUUUUAACUGAAAGGUGUUUUUUUUUUUCUUGUUUUCUUUUUAUUUUUUUUAAUGCUUGAAUAAUUACCAUUUAGAGGAAGUGAUUAUCAGUUUAGUUUUUGCAAGACCACAAAUUUUAAUUAAUGCAAGUAGCUGCAAAUGGCCUUAGCCCUCUGUUCCAGUAGCAUGUUAAUAUAAUUCUGUAUGAAAGGAUCUCCAUUGGCUGUCCGAACUUAAAUCCAGUGAGUAACUGCUCAGUCAGGGUGGGGAGAAGAGUGAGUAUAUGACUAUGAAUGUAAAUCUCCAUAUUUAGGUCUUAAAGGGCAAGCAGCUCAUUUGCUGUAUCGCAGUUUUCAGAUGCCUGUGACUGGCAAAAAAACCAAGUGUUUGAGUAGGUAUGAAAUGAGUUCAAUCAAGUAUUAAUACUAGGUGCAAAAAAAAAUUGUAAAGCAGCUGGUUCUUAUUCAGCCUUAAAGAUUAACUUCAGAUUUCCUCAAGGAGUUAAAGUCUAUUGGGGAAUUCUAGGAAUGUAUGCUACAAAACCAGAAGAAAAUGGCUUUUCUCUUUUUUUUUUUUUCUUUUUUUAGGGUAUUAGAUUCACAUUUAAAUUGGGGCAUUACACUACAUUUUUGCAAUUUUAACUCUGCAUGUUAAAUAUAAUGUACAUGGAGCUUUUUACCAAAGAUGUAUGGGAAGAUUAAAAAUUGAGUGCUUAAGGCCACUUGGAAAAAAUUGGUGAUUAGAAAAUGGCUCUAAAGAGGGACACAAUUGGUGUGAAUUGCAAAUCGCAAUGAAAGGGUUCUUGAUGCUAGAAAAUGGAGCAGUGAUUCCUAAAGAAAUCUGUGUAAAUGAAAAACCAAUUGGAGAAGCUAGCUAAAAACCAAUGAUCCUAAAUUCCCAGUUUGGAUGGGGAAAUGAAAGAUCUCUACUUAGUCUCAUAACUGAAAGCUCAUUGCCCUAUUUUCUAGCUAUUACAAAUUCCAGAAGCCUUUUAUUUCAGUUUAACUGAUCAAACAUAAUGUGGUGUAAAGGUGCAGAAACCAAAGCACCAAGAUACAAUAUAUUGUUUUCUUCUGGGGAAAAAAAAAUAAAGCCAAGCACAAAGUAGAUGCCUAAACUGGAAAACUUGAAGCUCUGUUAUACUGAUGGUUCUUAAACAUAUUCUCAAUCAAAAUGAAAACUUGGGUUCUUUCAGUUUCAGUCUAGAGUUAAUAUGUACUGCUUUCUAUCUCCUCAGACAUGGUUUGGGGAUAAGCCUAAAUUGCUUCAUUAGACUUUUUGCAUUAAGUUGAAUUCACAAUUUUGUAUUUUCUUGGUAAUUUUUGUUACUUUAGAUAUCCUGUUUUGUAGGUAAAAGGAUGAACUUUAAUUAUACUUCUGAAUUUUUUUUUAAUGUCAUUCUGGGAGAAGUAACUUUAAUUACUGAAACUUGUGUGGCAGAUGAUUAAAAAAUAAACACUUUUUGCUACUGAACAAAAGAUAAAUGCUUCAUUUUGAAAAUGUCCUCUAAUAGGGUUAUAGUUGAAACUAACCAGUGGCUUCAAUGCACUACUUAAGCCUGCAGGAUAAAGUAGCAAUCUGUGUAAGAAUUCCAAUCGCUUCAAAAAUGAAUCUGAAGUUUAAGUGCAUCAACCUGUGUUCUUGUGAAUUUUAUGAAGUAACUUGGAGUAAGGGGUUUUUUUUUUGUUUUGCUUUUUCUGGUUUUUUGGGUGUUUGUUUUUGUUGUUUUUUUUUUUUUUAAACAGCGUUCAUCUUGUCUAAGUGAAUAAAUAAGUCUGUAGACUGUGAUUCUCCCUGACUAAAGCAAACAGGAAUUUUGUGUUCUCAGUAUGGUUGUAGUGUUGGUAAAGAACUAAUAAGCAGAAAAUAAAGCGAUUUAUACAGUGGA